UAAAAAAUCAUUAUUUUCCAAAUUAUAUUUUGCGAUGGACAAUGAAAUAUCAAAGAUGCUGAUGCACUAAUCUAUUAUUCAGCAAUAUGCAGGGGAAAUUUUUAUAUCCGAUUUCCACCCACAGUAUUGAUUAUCUGUCUAAAUAUUAAGAUUCGCCGAGCUAGAAGACAAAACUGAGUCAAUAAAGGUGCGCUGGAGCCUGGUGCAUCAGGCCAUUCCACGAGCUACAUAAAUGAAGAUGUGAAGCUUUUCACUAAUGCAAGUUUAACAACCAUGACCAAGCUCUUCUCCAAUUUCAUCAUGGAGCAGCGCCAAUUCCUUUCCUUUCCAAUAUUGUUCACCUCCCUUGUCUUCAUCUUCACGGUGCUGAAGCUAUGGAGAAGAUCAAAAACCAGUCGGUCCCCUCUAAAUCUACCCCCAGGACCAAGGAAGCUACCUAUUAUCGGAAACAUGCAUCAGCUUGUUGGCUCUCUGCCUCAUCAUCGCCUAAGAGACUUGGCAAAGGAAUAUGGAAGCAUCAUGCAUCUUCAGCUCGGUGAAGUUUCCAAUAUAGUUGUUUCAUCGCCAGACGCUGCAAAAGAAGUGAUGAAGACCCACGAUAUUGUGUUUGCUCAGAGGCCUUUUCUCUUAGCUGCUAGUAUUAUAUCCUAUAACUUCACAAAUAUUGCGUUUUCACCAUAUGCAGAUUACUGGAGACAGCUCCGAAAAAUCUGCAUACUGGAAUUGCUAAGUGCAAAGCGUGUGCAAUCAUACAGAUCAAUUAGGGAACAGGAGGUGUCAAAUUUGAUCAGAACAAUUUCUUCUUCUCCAGGGCAGCCGUUCAACUUCAGCAGAAAGCUUUUCUCUUUAACUUAUGGCAUCUCUGCGAGGGCUACUUUUGGUGAGAAGUGCAAAGACCAGGAGGAAUUCAUACCGCUUGUGGAGGAAAUUAUAGAGGUGGCUGGUGGAUUCAGUCUAGCAGAUUUGUUCCCUUCCAUUAAAUUGCUCCAUGUGCUUAGUGGGAUGAGGGCUAGACUUGUGAGGCUGCAGCGACAGGCUGACAGGAUAAUUGAAAACAUCAUUAAUGACCACAAAGCAAGGAACAAAACAGGGAAAACUGGUAGCGGGGUUGAAGAAGAUGAUCUUGUUGAUGUUCUUUUGAGGCUUCAGGAGCAUGGAAACCUUGAAUUUCCGUUGACAACCGACAACAUCAAAGCAGUUAUCCUGGACAUUUUCAUCGCUGGCAGUGAGACAUCAUCGACAACAGUAGAGUGGGCAAUGUCCGAACUGCUGAGGAAUCCAAGAGUGAUGGAGAAGGCACAAGAAGAGGUGAGGAGGGUAACUGAUAAAAAAGGAAACGUGGAGGAAACAGACAUACAUGAACUGACAUACUUGAAGGCAAUUAUCAAAGAAACUUUGAGAUUACACCCUCCUGCUCCAUUGCUACUUCCAAGAGAAGGUAGAGAGAGAUGUGAGAUUAACGGGUACGAGAUACCAGCCAAAUCCAAAGUUAUUGUCAAUGCUUGGGCAAUUAACAGGGAUCCAGAUCACUGGACAGAUGCCGAGACUUUCUACCCAGAAAGAUUUCUUGAUAGUUCAAUUGAUUACAAGGGGAACAAUUUUGAAUUUAUCCCAUUUGGUGCUGGAAGAAGGAUGUGUCCUGGGAUAUUGUUUGGCAUAGCAAAUGUUGAGCUUCCACUUGCACAGUUGCUGUAUCAUUUUGAUUGGAAACUUGCAGGAGGAUUGAAGGCUGAAAAUCUGGAUAUGAACGAGGCUUUUGGCGCUACAGUUAGAAGGAAAAAUGAUCUGCACUUGAUUCCCAUUCCUUACACGCCAUCCUCAGCCGCCUGAUGAGUCAAGCCACCAAUAUUGUAGUUAUAUAGAUAUUCGUCACCUUGUAUCAUUGUCUUGCAGCUUCCUACAUGACACUAUCUUAUGUUCAGCAAAUCCUUUAGACAUCCAAUUUCAUGGCUUCCAUUUCUCUUAAUAACAGAACAGUUCCUCCCAAAAA